AUGCCGCUGUCCAUCCAUUCACACUGGGGAUUGUGUCGGUGCUGCUUUCUUCUGCGUCUCUGUCGCUCAGCCGGCCCCAAAACAGAUAUUGUCACAGUCGCUUCCAGUCAGCCCUACGCUGCCGCUAUUAUCACUAAGCCUGUCAAUUACUUCUUUCUCUUCCUCGCUUUAUCCGAGCUGCCUGGUCCUCAGCUCCCUGUCCCAGUGACAUUCCCAUUGCCUAGCACAGUGUCACUGCUGUCGCCUCUGUCAUUCUGCCUCUCCCUCUCCUCUCGCUUUGCUGGGCUGCAGGCUUGGUGUUCGCGCAGGCGCAGUAGACAUCACUUUGCUACGCAGGCUGGACACUACCUGUCAGUGCAGUUUAGGGAGGAGCACGAAAGGCUGAUGAUUGUGGCACGCCGUGUGGGAAACUUGAAUAGAAGGGUAACAGUUAAGCGUGAAGGUGAUACAUUUCUUACUAUCAGCAGAGGAAUGGCAGCAGCUGAUGGAUCUAAUUGUAUCAGUCGCUCUGUGACAAGCUUUAGUAAAUAUACAGGUGAUUUCUCAAUGCGACAUUGUGGCCCAACAGUCAUGGGAGCAGAUGGAGGACAAAAUGGGGAGGCCACAAGAAGAAAAGCAAAGAAAUUGAAAUAACCACGCUGUAGAGCUCCUCCAGAUCAUUAAAAUGAGUGAUCUGCCAUCUCUUCAGUUUGCUUCUAUCGAAAGUUAUACUAGAUGAAAAUCUGCUGGUGGGCCUGGGUCAAAGCCCCAUUUCUCAAUUUAUUGGAACAGCUCUGUUCACAACAAAUUACACUUGUGUGAACCUGACUGGAGUGCACCCUAUACCCCACCUGGUGGCAGCCCUGCAAUUGGGCUAAAGCUUAUGUUGCUGAGCCAUGUAUCAGUUAAUUGUAACAAUUAAAGGAGAAGGAAAGGCUUGGUGUACUUGGGGGUGCC